GUACAAAGUCCUGAAUUAGACUUUUUCUGGGACAAUGAGUUUCAAUUUCAAUCACAUAUCUAAUUAAAAAACCUCCAUUUUCUCAACUGCCGGAGUGUGUGAGAACAUGGCGAUACCUUUCUCAAACUCAACUCGAGCAGCUUGCAUCACUUGUCUCAGUGCUUCCAAUCAAUUCUUUCUCCCAUCUUCACCUCUCAAAUUCCUUCUCUUCUGGCCCUGGUAAAAGAUAAAUAUUUCUCUUAACAUGCAUGUUAUAUUCUCUAGAUAUGUUUUCAGUGAUUGGUUUUACUGGCCAGGUGAAAUGGGUCCUUUGACUGUGUCUCCAAUGGGGUUUAGGACGUGGGCUUGGGGCAACCAUUUUAUCUGGGGUUACCAGCAAUCAAUGGAUUCUGAGCUUCAACAAGUUUUUAAUCUUUUCGUCGACAAUGGUAUCAAUCUAUUCGAUACCGCGGAUUCUUAUGGUACUGGAAGACUCAACGGACAGAGUGAAAAGCUUCUAGGAAAGUUCAUUAGAGAAUUUCCAGGGGAGUAGAUAAAAGAUGAGAUUGUGAUUGCCACAAAGUUUGCGGCAUAUGCUUGGCGUCUAACACGAGGGCAAUUUGUUCAAGCUUGCAGGUUUGAUAUUCUUUUGCUUCUAUGUAAGUGUUCCUUAGAUCUCACAUUGACUGAAAUGUCGGAAUGAUGAUUAAAUUUUAUGAAGAACUGAUUUCCAGGGCCUCUCGGGAUAGAAUGCAAAUUGAGCGAAUUGGAAUAGGACAGUUACAUUGGUCCACUGCAAACUAUGCUCCACCACAAGAGUUAGCUCUUUGGGGUGGUUUAGUGGCAAUGUAUGAGAAGGUUACCAUGAAUUACUUUUAAAUAGUUAUUAUGUUUCAGUUACUAGAAAAUGAGAUUAAUCAUUUUCCACUGUCAUAUGUGAAAGUUUUUUCCUAGAUUUAACUUGCAUUUCAAAAUGUUGAGAUAUCUCUAUUCUACAUAACAAAUAUUUAAGAAGAUAUCUUUUUUUGCAUCAUAGCAACUUUGUUUCUAUAGUUUAGAUGAUAUAUAUUUUUACCUGCCAAAAUCUACUUGAUAUAUAUUUGCGGGG